AUGGCAGGAGCAUAUAUGUUAUCUGCUGGAUUGACAGGGGCCAAGGAAGUUGUUGCAGGGCUAUCUCAGAAAAAAUGCAAUGGGUCCGUAUCUUCCCAGCAAGUUUCUGUACCUUAUUGCAGUUGGGGCUCAACUCAGACUCCUGUGAGUGUUCCUUCUCUUUUGGAAAAUAAUGCCAACUCUUAUGACACCAAAGCUUUUGGAAAGGUAAACGAAAGGAAUUUUUCGCAAGAUUUUUGGUUAGAAAAAAGGUUGUACAGGUUACCUGAAAGACCACUUUCUGUAAUGUUCAGCCCUACAUUCCCUGAGAAGGCUGUCCAAAGUUAUAAGACUUACAUCUACCUAUUGCCAUAGUACGCUCUGGAGCAAGAAGAGAGAAUAAGUAUGAUUGGGUUGUUGUCCAGGAUUGACACUGUGAGUAGAGCUUUGGAGGAUGAGAAAAAGGAGAACUUCUCAUCUCUCAGAUCCUUGGAUUUACCCUGUGCUUCUCCUGGCUUUCAGAUCACACACAAAGGAUUCCUGCAACAACCUUUGAUUUUAAAAAGAGUCCAUGAAGGUGAAGCAUACCAGGACUGGCAUGAUUGCACCAAAUCCUGCAAAGGAGUACAGCCAAGCAAGGCAAAAAAUCCUGAAGGGCCAGGAGAUGGCACAGUGGGCUGGGGAGCAGCAGGACUGGGAAGCAAUAGAGGAGUUGGCAGUGGCAAAUGCUUUGACCUUCAAACUCAGAAGAAGGUGAAGAAAAAUGUGACUCAUCUGGAAGUCUUUGAAGCUCCUCGUAAUAUUAGAAAGUAUUGUAGCAGUAGAGAAGUACUUAAAGCAGUCAUUUGCAUUCAAUGAUAUGUGAGAGGGUGGCUUGAACACAGGGCAUUCAAGAGAGUAAAGAUUAAGUCCUGGGCCAUCCCUACCAGCAGUUGUAUGGUAGCCCUCAUUAAAUGUUGACCUGGUGUUUUGGAUCUUUGUACACCACUUCGGUAUUUUGAAUUAGAGGAGUGCAUAGACAAAAGAAAAUUUUAUGAAAGAAUGUUUUCCAAGAGAGAGUUUGACAAAAAGAUGGACAGAAAUGAUCUGCCUGAAUUUUUGAGAAAUGGAUAUUCCAUACCUGCUAAUGGCAUGCAGCAUGUCUUCCAGGUGGUUUGUCCAGCUUCCACUGCUGCUGUAAGAAGCAUUAAAAAGCGUCAAGCAGUUGAAAUGGCUUUCACAUUAUUUCCUCCUCUUGGUGCAUAAGUGAGGAACCUAAUUACAGUGCUGCCACCCUGGGUGCACCCUCUCAUGGAUGGAAAAUAUGGAUCCGAGAAAUCAGAGUGUCCAUCUCUGGCAGCUCUCAAUGAAUGGAGUCUGGAGGGUGCAGCCUGCCACCUGGCCUCUGCAGAUGUGUCAGGCCCUGAUCCUGCAGCUGUGGGUGAAGCUGGGGAAAGAUGGGCAUUUGCGAUAAAAAGGGGCUAG